AAAUAAAAAAGAACGCUCUUUCACGUUGCCCAACAUACACUGUCUGUCCAUCUUAAGAGGUGUUCUUAGAGCUGCUCAACCCACUUUGCUCUGUGAGCGCUGCCACGCACCCUCUACCACCGCCACCGAACACCACCACCACGGCCACUACCACCACCAUCUUGGCACCACCACCGAGAAGCAAGAAAGUAAGGGAGGAGGAGGGAAGAUGGGCUGUUGCUACUCCCGCGUGGAGAAAGAAGAGAUCAUUUCCCGCUGCAGAUCUCGCCGCCGCUACAUGAAGCAGCUGGUUCGCUCCAGGCACGCCUUCUCCGCUGCUCAUUAUGCCUACCUGCGUUCCCUCCGGGCCACCGGCGCGGCCCUCCUCCAGUUCGCGACCGCGGAGCUAAACCACCAUUGCCCACCUGCGAAUGUCCUCUCUCCACCACCGCCCCCACCACCCCCUCCUCCUCCUCCUCCCCCUCCGCCUCAGGCACCGCAGGCGCAGCCGCCCCGACACAACCCCCAUCCGCUGAUGAGCCCGAUCUCCGACACCUGGACGUCCGGCUCACAGUCGCCCGUGCUGGCUCCGCCACCUCCGCCGCCGGCCUCGAGUUGGGAUUUCUGGGACCCGUUCAUGCCCUCCUCGUCGAGGUCUGUGACGGAGGAAGAAUGGGACGCCACAACCACCGUCUCCGACAGCGCCGUGACGACCACCGCUGGGGGGGCGUCUUCUGCCGCAACGCCGCUGCCUCCUCCUCCUCCGCCUUCCCUGUCGGUCACCACCAGUGCCUACUCCAAGGACACGAGCGAGCUCGCCGUGGUGGUCUCAAGAAGUACAAAGGAUCUCGUGGGGAUCAUCAAGGAGUUGGAUGAGUACUUCCUCAAGGCAUCAGAUGGUGGGCAGAAUGUGUCCGAGUUGCUGGAAGUGUCCAAUGCAUCGUUCCAGCAUGCAAGCCCAACACCCACGGUCACAAGUAAGGUAUACCAUUCAGCAUGGAGUCUGAGCAGUCCUCGGUCAUGGGCAUGGGGAAUGAAUUCAAAAUUGAGGGGAUUCAGUGAUUAUGGAAGUUAUAGUCAAGAGAUUAUUGGCAAUGGUGUUCAUGAGAGCCAUAGAAGCACCGUUGAGAGGUUGUAUGCAUGGGAGAAGAAGCUAUAUGAGGAAGUCAAGAGUGGAGAAGCUAUCAAGAAGGAACAUGAUAAGAAGGUUGAAGUACUACGGAAACAAGAGAUAAAGGGCACCAAUUACUUCAAAAUCGAGAAGUGUAAAAAGGAGAUAGAGAAGUUUGCCUCAAGAAUGAUGGUGGCUUCUCAGGCAAUGCAUACCACAUCACACGAGAUUGAGAGGCUUCGUGAGAGCGAGCUAUUCCCACAGCUCCUUGAAUUCAUCAAAGGAUUGACGUAUAUGUGGAGGACCAUGUAUGAAUGCCAUCAAGUGCAAACCCACAUAGUCCAGCAGCUGAAGUUCCUCAACAUUGUUAUACGCACUGAUCCAACUUCUGAUUUCCAGAGACAAUCUACCUUGCAGUUAGAGCUUGAGGUUCAGCAGUGGCAUUCAUCGUUCUGCAACCUCAUCAAGACUCAAAGAGAGUACAUGCAGGCACUUACUGGCUGGCUCAGACUCUCACUCUUUCAAGUUGACUCACAUUCUUUUAUCAAGCUUCAGCAGAACCCACCAAUUUACUCACUGUGUGAGGAAUGGCAGCUAGCUCUUGACAGGCUUCCAGACAAGGUAGCUUCCGAAGGCAUCAAGAGCUUCUUAGCAGUCGUCCAUGCUGUUGUGGUUCAACAAUCAGAAGAAGUGAAACAAAAGAAGAGAUCAGAGGCUGCUUGUAAAGAGCUUGACAAGAAGAUGACGUUGCUGCGGUCUCUGGAGUGCAAGUAUGGUCCCUAUUCUGUGUCUGAUAUGCAUGCUUCCGGGUCCAUCAAGAACCCUGUUGCAGAAAAACGAGCAAAAGUUGAGAUGUUGAGGAGGAAGGCAGAGGAUGAGAGGAACAAGUACAUGAAGUCUGUGAGUGUGACUCGUGCUGUCACGGCAAACAACUUGCAGACAGGUUUCCCAAAUGUAUUUCAGGCCAUGACUGGCUUCUCGAGUGUAUGCAUGCAGGCAUUCGAAUCUGUCUGCAAUCAGUCGAAGAACCUGGAUCGGCUUCAUACUAUCAAAAUGCUGACCUGAUCCCGAAAGGAGGAACAUGAUGGAGAAGUAAACUAAUCAGAUUUUGGGUUUGUACAAAUUGUAAUUCUUUUCCUAUAGUGUUUUUUUCGUUCUUUUUACCCUUUUCCUCCAUACCUUUUUUCUCCUGUGAUGUAUUUUUGCUGAAGUCUUGCUGUAACUUAUGGAAUGCGGAUGAAUGACGAGGCCUUGAUAGUCGUA